UCUGUCAUUGUUGCUCUAUGUCACACACCUUAGCACACGCCAGACCCCUUCUCUCAUGACUCUCCCACAACCUCAUCCACGACUGAGUGCAAACUAGACACUAAGGAUAAUGUUUCCCUGUUUAAACUUUGCUGUGGUCCUCUGUCUCCUGCAAGUCCUCAUCAUCACUGCCGACAUAGACAGUGGCUCCUUCCUAAUCUUCAAUGAGAACCACAACAAGUGCAUAAAGGUGGAGAGUGCCACGUCAGUUACGGUGACCCCUUGUGAUCCUCAUGCCAAGGAGCAGCAGUUCCGUUGGGCCUCUGAAUCACGUAUCCUCAGUCUCAAGCUCAAGCUCUGCCUGGGGGCCACAGAGAUUAAAGACUGGGUGAAGGUGGUCCUCUUUGAAUGUGAUGAGAAUAGUAUCCUUCAACAUUGGCAGUGCAAGAAUGAAACCCUUUUUGGCCUAAAAGAUGAGGACCUGCACUUAAACUGGGGCAACCGCAAUGAGAGGAACAUAAUGAUUUACAAAGGCUCAGGGCUCUGGAGUCGCUGGAGAAUAUUUGGCACCCGGGGUGAUCUUUGUUCAAAGGGGUAUCAAGAGAUUUUCACCAUAGGGGGCAAUGCCUUUGGAGGCCCUUGUCAGUUCCCGUUUAAGUUUGCGGAGAAGUGGUAUGCUGAAUGCACAAAGGACGGCCGCUCAGAUGGACAACUGUGGUGUGCAACAGAAAGAGAUUACGAUAAACAGAAAAAGUGGGGCUUUUGUCCCACAAAAUCAUCCUCAGGUUGGGACACUGACCCGGUCACAGGGGUUCAGUAUCAGAGGAACGCACAGUCGGCGUUGACCUGGCAUCAGGCCAGAACGAUCUGCCAGCAGCAGGGAGCUGACCUCCUCAGCAUUGUAGAACUGCAUGAACAGUCGUACAUCUCAGGCUUGACAAAUACUCUGGGAACAUCUCUGUGGAUUGGACUCAACAGCUUGGAUUUUGAGAGCGGAUGGCAAUGGAGUAACGGAGACCCGUUCAGAUAUUUAAACUGGUCCCCAGGUCAUCCCUCUUCAGAGCCAGGGCUUACCUGUGCAACCCUUAAUGCUGGAAAAGCCUCAAAAUGGGAGAGCAGCGCCUGCACCAAGAAACUUGGUUACAUUUGUUGUAAAAAAAAUACUACCAGUCUGCCUCCUGCACCAAGCAAAGACCAGCCCAGCUUCUGUCCCAGUCACUGGGUUCCAUAUGCAGGAAACUGUUAUUACCUGGAGAGGAAUAAAAAGAUGUGGAAAGAUGCCUUGGCUGCAUGUCACAAAGAGGGGGGAGAUUUGGCCAGCAUACACAAUAUAGAAGAGCAGAGCUUCAUACUGUCUCAAUCUGGAUACUUGCCAACAGAUGUGCUCUGGAUUGGCUUGAAUGAUCAGAAGAACCAGAUGCUGUUUGAGUGGUCUGAUCACUCCCACGUUACCUUCACCCAGUGGCAGACUGGUGAGCCAUCUCAUGUCACCAGCUUCCAGGAAGACUGCGUCCUCAUCCGGGGAAAAGAUGCGAGGUGGGCUGACCACAUGUGUGAGAAGACAUAUGGAUACAUCUGUAAGAAGAAGGCCUCCAUUAAACCAAGUGAAGACAGCCAAGAAGAAGCCAACCCAGGAUGCAAGCUUGGCUCGCUCCGGUUUGGUCUUUACUGUUACAACAUUGGAUCUGAGAAAAAAACUUUUGAUGACGCAAAGCAGGCAUGCUCAGAGGCUGAUGCUAACCUGGUGGAUGUGACUGACAGAUAUGAAAAUGCCUUCUUGGUCAGUAUGGUGGGUUUGAGACCAGAGAAGUAUUUCUGGACAGGUCUUUCCAACACAGAAGACAGAAACACUUUCAAGUGGACCACCAGAAGAAAAGUCACAUUCACUAAUUUCAAUGUGGGCAUGCCAGACAGAAAACAAGGAUGUGUUGCGAUGACAACUGGGGUGUUUGCUGGAUUAUGGGAUGUCGUCGACUGCAGCAAUAAGGAGAAGUAUAUCUGCAAGAAACCAGCAGAGGGAGUACACGUGACAACAGCUCCACCCACCACACCAGUCAUGAACUGUGCGUCUGGGUGGACCCCUGUUGCCAAAAGGAACGCCUGCUUCAAACUUUACAAAAAAUCUCAGGGCCUCAAGAAGACUUGGCAAGAAGCGCGGGACUUCUGCAAGGCCAUUGGUGGGGAUCUGAUGAGUGUACACAGCGCGCAGGACCUGACCAACGUCCCGUUUCAUUCCUCUGACCCAGCCUGGAUUGGCUUCAAACUGGGUACCAAAGGUUUUGUCUGGAGUGAUGGCUCGCCCUCUGACUAUGAGAACUGGGGCUUUGGUGAACCAAACAACCACAAUGAUGUCGAACACUGUACAGAAGUCCAUUCGUACUAUGGACGCUACUGGAAUGAUCGUCACUGUGAGUCCUACGGUAACUGGAUCUGCCAGAUACGCAAAGGUGUGACUCCCAAACGUGAGCCUGUUAAAGCUGAAACAGUAUACAACACCACAGACGAUGGCUGGAUUAUAUACAAUGACACACAGUAUUUCAUCAAUACUGAUGCCCUUGAUAUGGAAAAUGCUAGAGCCUUUUGCAGAAAGAACUUUGGUGACCUUGUUGUCAUCACGGGGGAGAGUGAAAGGAGGUUCCUUUGGAAACAGAUAUCAAGAGGCACAGAAGGGCAGUACUUCAUUGGCAUGACAGUGAAUUUGGAUAAAUCCUUUAGCUGGGUUGAUGGCACCCCUGUCGUUUACACUGCAUGGGAAAAGAAUGAGCCCAACUUUGCUAAUAAUGAUGAAAACUGUGUGACGAUAUACAGGAGCAUGGGGUACUGGAAUGACCUUAACUGUGGCAUGGAGCUACCUUCUAUUUGCAAAAGAAGCAACAAUUUUGUCAAUGCAACAAUGGUCCCCACUGUUGUUCCUACAGGAGGAUGUGCACCAGAGUGGCUAUUGUUCCAAGGAAAGUGCUACAAAAUUGUGGAGAAUGACAAGAAGAACUGGCAGGACGCCAGGACAUACUGCAUAAACCAGGGAGGAAAUCUGAUUUCUAUCCUCAAUGAGAGAGAGCAAGCAUUCCUAACUACACAGAUGCUAAAAUACAACACAGAUUUGUGGAUUGGCAUGAAUGACGUCAACUGGGAGAUGCACUUUGUGUGGACGGAUGGAAAAGGCAUUGUAUACACCAAUUGGGCCAAAGGGCAUCCAGCAUCAGUCCCUGAUGGACGUUACGCAUUUGCGGAUGAGUUGUUUGAUUGUGUGAUUAUGGUGGGCAGCGUCUCCAAAAUAUCAGGAUAUUGGAAAGUAGAAGACUGCCACUCAAAACAUGGCUUCAUCUGUAAAAGAAACAUUGAUUCUCAGAUUGUCAUCCCACCCACAACUGUGUCACCAAAGGCUUUCUACAAACUUGGCAAUGACUCUUAUAAAUUGGUGACCGAGAAGAUGAAAUGGGACGAGGCGAGGAGGCAAUGCCAAGCAGAUGAUGGAGAUCUGGCCAGUAUCCUGAAUCCUGCAAGCCAGGCAUACAUCACCUUGCAGAUUUCCAAACACAAUGAACCUGUGUGGAUUGGACUCAACAGCAAUGUGACUGGUGGACGGUUCAAGUGGGUUGAUAACUGGCAACUGUUUUACACCAAAUGGGGCACCAAUGAGCCUAAAAACAAUUAUGGCUGCGUGUAUAUGGACAAGGACAGUAAAUGGAAGACUGCUACAUGUAACAACACCUACUAUUCCCUUUGCAAGAGGUCACCAGACAUAGCUCCAACUGAGCCCCCACAACUACCUGGAAACUGUCCAGAACCAAAGAAGCGAAAGCCCUGGAUACCUUUCAGAGGUCAUUGUUAUUCUUUCCUCAACGCAAAGGUGGACAACUGGGCCCAUGCUUCAGUUGAAUGUCUGAAAAUGGGGGCUUCUCUGGUGAGUGUUGAAGACCCUCAGGAGAGCCUAUUCAUUCAACAGAACCUGGAGCUUCUACAGGAUGGUGCCAAGUCCUUCUGGAUUGGCCUCUACAAGACUCAUGAAGGUGAGUGGAUGUGGAUCGAUAACAGUGCUGUGGAUUACACCAACUGGAAAACAGGGAUGCCAAAGUCAGAUUCAUGUGUUGACAUCAAUGCUGAAACUGGACAGUGGAGUACAAGUAGCUGCAGCAGAUAUAGAUCUUACAUCUGUAAAACCGCCAAAGUUAUUACACCUACAGAAAAGGAACCAUCUGUUGCCCAUGUCGUUGAAGAAACUUCUCAUGGGUCUGCUGGCAUCACUGUGGCUGUAGUACUAGUCAUAAUUGCCAUAGGUGGACUUUGUGCCUUCCUCCUCUUUCGUAAACGGAUACCCACCCCUGUGUUGGGAGAAAGCACCUUUGACAACAAGUUAUACUUCACCAAUCCCCUCCGAUCGCAUGUAGACACAAAGGGUCUGGUAUCCAACAUAGAGCAGAAUGAACAAGCAUAAAAGACACGAGAACAGUAGUAAUUAGCGCAAUGAAAUGAUAUGAUUUUCAUCUUGUUUACAUUCUUUGUUUUGGAUCACAUUACCGGGGAAGUGAUUCUCCAUCAAACCCUGUAAUGUUUUUCUAUAUAAAGAGAACUGGGUUAAAGAUAAUGAUUCAUAAUUAUUAUAUAAUAAUUCAUACAAGCACUGCACUGCACUAGGCCAGUUAGGGACAAAAUAAUAUAAGUGAACAAGCUGUAACAAAAUUUACACAAUUAUGUGAUAAAUGUGAUAAAUGUUUUUUUACCAAUCAGUAUAACCAAGAGUAUUUGUAGAUCAGACACCACUUAAAAAUCAAGAGGGGUGAAGAAGCUUUGUUAAAGAAAUUAGCCAUAGUCAACUGGGUUUCUUCUCCAUGGGCUAAUCCAUGGCUUAUAAGAUUGUAAAUAGAUACUCAAUAAAAGGAAUGAAAUAAACAAAACUGAA